GAAACCAAAAAGGAAAGAGGAAAAAAAAACUUUUCUUCAUCACCCCUUUAACUCACAAGGACCACCAUAAAAUUCACAAGUCCACUAAACUACCACUCUUAGUUUGAUUUAUCUGUCUACUAUCUCUCUUGUGAGUACAGUUACCUCAUUUUCCUUUCCACCUUGUACACAUGAAUAUCUAACAAUAAUCCCAAACUCAACAUUCAUCCAAUGAAACUUGUACUCCAUUUCCUAAAAUCCACAUCCUUUUCCCCUUUCCAUUCCCUUCUCUAACUAUUCUGAAAAAAACAACAAAAUUUGUUUGCUUCUCUUGUUGUAGGAACUAAAAAAACCAUCAUAAAAAUGAGAUCUUUUAGUCCUUUUUUAGUUCUAAUACUUCAUGUUGGCUUAUUGUAUGGAUCUUUAUUAGCUGAUGAUACUACUAUGCAACUUAAUGACGAUGUUUUAGGCCUCAUUGUGUUCAAAUCAACUCUUCUUGAUCCUUACUCAAAACUCUUAUCAUGGAAUGAAGAUGAUAACUCUCCUUGUGCAUGGGAGUUCAUCAAAUGCAAUCCAAUGAAUGGUAGAGUCACUGAGCUCAACUUAAAUGGCUUGAGUUUAUCAGGAAAGAUUGGUAGGGGGCUCGAGAAGUUGCAAUCUUUAAAGGUGCUAUCUAUGUCAAACAACAACUUCACUGGUGCAAUUAGCCCUGAGUUAGCCUUGCUGACAAAUCUUGAAAAUCUCAACUUCAGUCAUAAUGGCUUAUCAGGGAAUAUCCCUGGAUCUUUUUCGAAUAUGACAUCUUUACAGUUUCUUGAUCUGUCUGAGAAUUCGUUAUCUGGACCUGUCUCUGAUAUCAUGUUUGAUAACUGUGGUGAUUCGCUACGUUAUCUUUCUCUAUCUGGGAAUUUUCUUGAAGGUGCAUUUCCUAAAACAGUUUCAAAAUGCACUAGUUUGAAUCAUCUCAAUCUUUCAAGAAACCAUUUUUCUGGUGACCCGGGAUUUUCCGGUGGAAUCUGGGGAUUGACAAGGCUUAGAACAUUAGAUCUUUCACAUAAUGAUCUCUCUGGAUUAGUACCAAUUGGUGUUUCAGUUUUACAUCAGUUGAAAGAGUUUUUGUUGCAAGGGAAUCAUUUCAGUGGGGAUUUACCAGCUGAUAUUGGAUUUUGUCCACAUUUGAAUAGAUUAGAUUUGAGUAAUAAUCAGUUCACAGGACAAAUUCCAAUGUCACUUCAAAAGGUGAAUGUUCUUUCUUUUCUCAGUUUAUCAAACAAUUUGAUAAAUGGAGAUUUCCCUCAAUGGAUAAGUAACAUGAGCAGCUUGGAAUACUUGGAUUUUUCAGGCAAUAGUUUACAAGGGGCAUUGCCUGAUUCAAUAGGGAAUUUGAAAAUGUUGAAGUACUUGAGUUUAUCUGGAAAUAAAUUGAGUGGGAACAUUCCAAAUUCUAUGGUUUAUUGUUCUAGUUUAUCUACUAUUCGGAUAAAAGAAAAUGCAUUGACUGGUAGCAUUCCUGAAGGAUUGUUUGGUAUAGGAUUGGAAGAAGCAGAUUUUUCAAGAAAUGAGUUAACUGGUUCAAUCCCUCCUGGUUCUGGUAAAUUCUUUGAAUCACUUCAAAUUCUUGAUCUAUCAGGAAACAAUCUUACUGGGAAUAUUCCAGCUGAAGUGGGACUUUUCUCCAAGUUGAGAUACUUGAAUCUUUCUUGGAACAAUUUUCAAUCAAGAUUGCCUCCUGAAGUUGGAUACUUUCAGAAUCUAACGGUGUUGGAUCUUCGACACAGUGCUUUAGUUGGAUCAAUUCCAGGUGAUAUAUGUGAUUCUGGUAGCUUGGGAAUUCUUCAACUUGAUGGAAAUUCAUUCACUGGACCUAUUCCUGAUGAGAUUGGAAAUUGUUCAUCCCUCUACUUAUUGAGUUUGUCACAUAAUAAUUUAAGUGGCUCAAUACCAAGGUCCCUUUCAAUGUUGAAGAAGCUCAAGAUUUUGAAGCUGGAGUAUAAUCAAUUGAGUGGUGAAAUACCACAAGAACUUAGCAAGUUAGAAAAUCUUCUGGCUGUUAAUAUAUCCUACAACAGGCUCGUUGGACGCCUUCCAAUGAGUAGUAUAUUCCAGAAUUUAGAUCAGAGUUCAUUGGAAGGGAAUUUGGGCAUUUGUUCACCUUUAUUGAAAGGUCCUUGUAAAAUGAAUGUGCCAAAGCCUUUGGUUCUUGAUCCUUAUGCUUAUGGAAACCAGAUGGGAGGUCAAAACCGGGACGAUGGAACUUCAAGAAGCAAUAGCAAAAGUUUCAAGCACCAUAGGUUCCUCAGUGUUUCAUCCAUUGUUGCUAUAUCUGCUGCAGCUGUAAUCGCGGUUGGAGUAAUGAUAAUAACCUUACUAAAUGCUUCUGUUCGAAGGAGGAUCACAUUCGUUGACAACGCCUUGGAAAGUAUGUGCUCAAGUUCUUCUAAAUCAGGGAGCCUAGCCACUGGAAAGCUUGUGUUAUUGGACACCAAAUCAUCCCCGGAUUGGGCUAAUAGCAGUCUUGAAUCAAUCCUAAACAAGGCAUCUCAAAUCGGUGAAGGUGUCUUCGGGACUGUUUACAAGGCUCCAUUGGGAGGGGAAGGAAGAAUAGUAGCAAUCAAGAAGCUUGUAACAUCAAAGAUCCUCCAAUAUCCUGAGGACUUUGAUAGAGAAGUUAGAGUUUUAGCAAAAGCAAGGCACCAAAAUCUAAUAUCCUUAAGAGGGUAUUACUGGACUCCUCAGCUGCAGCUUCUAGUAUCAGAUUAUGCACCAGAAGGAAGUCUACAAGCCAUACUACACGAAAGGCCUUCAUCUUUGUCUUCCCCUCUCCUGUCUUGGUCCACUCGAUUUAAGAUUGUGCUCGGAACAGCCAAAGGACUAGCACAUUUGCACCACGCGUUUAGGCCAGCAAUCAUACACUACAACAUAAAGCCUAGCAACAUCCUCCUUGAUGAAAACUUCAACCCAAAAAUAUCAGAUUUUGGGCUGGCAAGGCUAGUGACAAAGCUCGAUAAGCACAUGAUAAGCAACAGGUUUCAAAGUGCACUAGGCUAUGUAGCACCUGAAUUGGCAUGCCAGAGCUUAAGGGUGAACGAAAAGUGUGACGUUUAUGGUUUUGGGAUGUUGAUUCUUGAAAUUGUCACAGGGAGAAGGCCAGUUGAGUAUGGAGAGGACAAUGUGUUGAUACUCAAUGAUCAUGUGAGAGUGCUACUUGAGCAAGGCAACGUGUUGGAAUGUGUUGAUCCAAGCAUGGAUACUUAUCCUGAAGAGGAAGUUUUGCCUGUUUUGAAGUUGGCAUUGGUGUGCACUUCUCAAAUACCAUCAAGUAGGCCUUCAAUGGCUGAAGUGGUUCAAAUCUUGCAGGUCAUCAAAACACCUGUUCCUCAAAGAAUGGAAACAUACUAAAACAUGUCACAAACUUGAUGAAUUUCCCUUUCUCUUUGACUUUCUAUUAUCCUAUUGUUAUUAUGUAAACCUCCUACUUUGAUGUUUUUGGACUAGAUAGUGAUAGAGAGAGUUUGGCACUUCUCUGUCAUUUGAUGAAAUAUAUGGGAGGUUGGUUCAAUGAUUUCAA